AUGACAGUUGAAAACUGUCAAAGGUACCUUAGUGAUGUGAGACGAAUGUUUUUUUUUAUUGUGCUGCUGAUCUUUUUGGACAAUUCGCCGUCAACGUGUAGGGGUGAAGAAUAUGAUAGAGAUGGCCGAAAAUUAUUUGGUGGAUAUAAGAUAACACCGUCAUACUGCAAAGCAAGCCGAGCAGCGAAAUAUAACAGAGGCAGCACGAUAUGCAUGUUUAAUCAUGAAUGCGUGCAAAGAGGCGGCGAGGUCGUCGGCGCAUGCAUGGAUGGAUUCCUCUUCGGAGCAUGCUGUCAGCUACUUUCAGAUAGCCAAUCGCAUUUACCAAAAGGCCCAGGUGUUGUUAUGACCAGUUACCUUGAUUACCCCGACCCUGAAACGGAGACUGAUGAUUAUGAUGGUGAGCAAUUGAGUGCUUGGCAUAACAGUUUCAAGCCGGUCAUCACACCUGGAUACAGACCAAGUACAAACCAAGUAUCUACAACCACAAUGAAGGCUGAACAAGAUCUCAGCACGGAGAGUCAUCAAGCAGAAAUCAUUUCUGAAGGGUUCAAUCAAAUAACAAAUACUCUAUUAAGCACUCCGCCUAAAGAUAACAGUUUCUAUGUUAAGCCAGAAGAUGUGUACACACACAGCUCAAUAAAUCAUGUCGUUGCUGACACCAUACUUCUACAUAAGAAUGGUUCAGAAGUAAACGAUAUUUUAAGACCAUCAGACUUUAAUAUACAAAUAUCUUCAAUGCAAACUAAACCGACGAUACCACCAACUUCGACAUCGGUUCAUUCUCCUUCAAUUAUUGUCUCAACACACCGACCGAUAUACAAACCUGUGUUUAAACCGAAACCACUUAAUAAAACGACAACAAAACAGCCGGCAACUGAAAAUUAUGAAAUAGUUUCAACAAUAACGAAAGAUACACAAAAAAUGCCUGAGCUUUCGUCAAUAAAUAGCAUCAUACAAAUGCUUAAUGAGAGUACUCCAAGUAUGAAAGACGAAAUAAGUUCUCCGUCGACCUUAGACGUUAUGGAAACCAAAUCUUCACCAGCUCCAUCAACGGUUACUCCGAUAUCUUACAGUAGUAGUUUUCCUAACUAUUAUAUAACCACAGGGCACUAUGUUACCCUUAAACCGACAACAUAUCCAAGCAGUACACCAUAUGUUACAUAUUUAAAUAAAAAACCUAUGACAACGAAAAACCCUUCUUACAGUAAUAUUUAUACAACACCAAAUAGCAUACCCCAAGAUGAUAGGCCUAUCAAACCAUAUUAUUCAUCACCAAAACCUAGUCAAUCAACUAGUCAGGACAUAGAAGCCUUUAACCGAUAUCCCACUAACCCAGAUGAAUUCGGAGAAUCAAUUACAACAUUUAGCUAUGUGAGCUCAACCACUACGUCUAAACCCACUACAACGACCAGAAAACCACCCUCUACGAGCUACGUAACGGGAUCAAAGCCAUUAAAAAGACCAGUAACUUCCUCAUCAAACUUCAUAUCAUCAAAACCUUUGAAAAGACCAGCAACUACCCCCUCAAAUUACCUUUCAACUUAUGACGCUGCCGAUUCUUUCUCAAGUGUAACACCAACAGUCAUCGUACUAAAUAAUCCCAAUAUAGGUACGUCUUCGGAAGAGACACAAUUCGUAGAAAUUUCUCAAGAACCUUUCAAGAAACCUGUGAGUCAAAUUACAGUAAAUAACCAUAUUGAAUCCACGAAUAACAUUUAUAUGGGAAAACCACCUCAAGGUGCUGAGAAACCAAAGCCACAACCAUCUUAUGAAAAGCCAUCUUCACCAACGGUUGUUAUAACGCCAAAACCAUCACCGAUAACGUCACCUUAUCCAAAUAGAAUUUCACCAACUGGUCCUUCAUCAACAUCAAACACUCUUAGCUUUGAGUCGUAUACAGAAUAUCAUUCAACAACGACUAUGAAAACAGAAUUGCAAGCGUCUUCUGAUAACUUUAUAAACUUCCCACCGGUUAGAAAUCCAAUGCUUAACUCUAAUGGAACUAAUUCAAAUAUUUUUAACACAAGUGUAUCUAUUUCUGAUAAUGAAUUGGAUGACAUGGAAUACUCAACACCAACCUGGCAAGACGAUGAUAAAUUAAAUGACAAAAUGAAUCUAUUUGUAAACAAAAUCGUAGGCAGCCUCCAAGGUACCUUCCAAGAACUACAUGAUAUAGUUAUUCUUGACAAAAAGCCAAACGCGACAAUUAUACGAGACAAACCAACCACGGCUAAGCCUCCAAAAAAAACUAUCCCGACUCGAAAACCAGUUACAACUACAAGAAAACCUGCUAGAAUUACAACCACAACAAAAAAACCGGUAAAAACAACAAAAAAACCAGUCAAACAAACCACACCUUCUAAGAGAACGACCACCACCACAACAACAACAACAACAACCGCCCCACCAACUACGACGACAAAAAAGCCUGUGACCACCACGAAGAAAUCAAAGCCGACAAAAAAGGUCACCACGACCACCGUCACAACGACGGUAACUGAGCAAGAUGAAGUUACAACGGAACAACCUGAGGUCAUUGACUAUAAUGAUAAGAAUUUAUGCGGAGUUCGACCUAUGAUGAAAUCUGGUCGUAUAGUCGGUGGUAAGGACGCUAAAUUUGGCGAGUGGCCUUGGCAAGUUUUAGUGAGAGAAUCAACUUGGAUGGGUCUCGUCAUCAAGAACAAGUGUGGUGGUGUCCUGAUCUCCAACAGAUUCGUCACAACCGCUGCUCAUUGUCAGCCUGGUUUCCUAGCCUCCCUGAUAGCAGUAUUUGGUGAGAACGACCUGUCGAAGGACGCUGAACCUCGAAGACCGAUAGCCAAAAACGUGCGUCGCGUGAUUGUCCAUCGGCAGUACGAUGCCGCGACGUUUGAAAACGAUCUCGCCCUAUUAGAGCUGGACUCGCCGGUGCAAUUCGAUGCUCAUAUAGUACCAAUUUGCAUGCCCCAAGACGACACAGACUUCACGGGGCGAGUUGGAACCGUCACAGGUUGGGGUCGCCUUACGUACAAUGGUAUUGUGCCUUCAAUUCUACAAGAAGUCCAGGUGCCUGUGAUCGACAACAGCGCUUGCCAGGAGAUGUUCCACGCAGCAGGUCACGCUAAGAAAAUCCUGAACUCGUUCAUCUGUGCUGGCUAUGCUAAUGGUCAGAGGGAUUCCUGUGAAGGCGACAGCGGUGGUCCCUUAGUGCUCCAACGCGAUGAUGGUAAAUGGCAAUUAGUGGGCACGGUGUCCCAUGGUAUCAAAUGUGCGGCACCAUACUUACCAGGAGUGUACAUGAGGACAACAUAUUAUAAGCCUUGGUUAAGAUCUUUGACAGGAGUACGUUAAUUGUUUAAGUA